UUCAGAGAGCCUGCUCUUUUGAGAGAGAGAGAAAGGGAGAGAGACCUGACAAGUACCAGAGGUGGCUCAGCGACUGUCUCUGCUACAGUGACAAAAAAAAAUACAGAUAGGGCAAGAUAGCAAGAAGGAAGGAAGGAAGGAAGGAGAUAGAUCAGAGUGACUACAGUAUCAGAUCCAUUCUUUCCUUUCACUUGUUGCUGAAUCAGUCGGUUUCUUAUAAGCUGAGCUUGCUCAUGGAGUGGAGGUGGAGGAGAUCUUAUUCAGUCAUCUUCUUCUGCUGCUGCAGUCUUCUUUCCCUCUUUUAUCUCACUGCUCUGCUCUCCAGUCACCACUCUCGUAACCACAAAGGCGUGGACAGUUUAAUUAAUGCGCUGCAGGUGGCGCGGACGUCGCCGAGGCGGAGGAGGGCUCUGGCCGGCGGGCCGGGAUCGUACCCGCCCCGGUGCGCGGGCAAGUGCGGCGACUGCGCGCCGUGCCUCCCGGUGCACGUGGCGGUGCCGCCGGGGGGGUCGUCGGCGCCGGUGACCACCACGGAGUACUACCCGGAGGCGUGGCGGUGCAAGUGCCGCAACAAGCUCUACAUGCCCUGAGUCCACGUGCGCCGGAAUCUCACCUUUCUCUUCCUCCUCCUCCGCCGCCGCACGACGCCGACAGACGGAUCGACAAAGCAGCGGCGGUAUUAAUGCCGAAUUAAUUGAUGCAAUAGUGAAGGCGACGACGAGAUUGGAGUGGCAGAGCAGGUGCGUUGUGCAAUUGCAGUGUGCGCUGAUUCUGUGUAUAGAAGAACAGAGUAGAUCAUGAGCAAGGGACCUACGAUACUGCACGCACGCAGUGGCCACCCACCGGCUAUGAACUCGAUCGUCUCCGGAACAAAAAUAUGGUCACUUAUCCUAAUCUUUAUCAGCAGUUGUCAGUGAGUGAGAUAACAGGAUAAUGUUUAAUUCGGUUGGAAUCACAAGACUCUUACUAUAUCUAAUAGUUCAGAUUUUGAUUCCGAAA